AUUUUGCGCCCUAAUCUGUUUAAUCGCGGUAUCCCCGUCGUGUCCCGAUUUCGCGCCUUGGAAGUGGAAGGCCUUUAUUUUACCCGCUCUUAUUUUGGUGUGAUAAGCAAUUCCAUAACAAAAAUCUGUCGUCGGAAGCGGAAAUUCGAUUUUCGCAGUCUACGGCUUCACAAGUUUCGUUUGCUUUUUCUCAGUUGCUCGUUGGAUGUGGCUUCUUCAUCUAGGUUAAUGAUAACACACCCCAAUCCUCUCCUGUUGCCUUAGGUUAUGAAUUAGAUUUCUCUCACUUGUCAGCCUACGGUUAGGAGAAGAUGACGAAAGUUAUACCGGAACAUUGGGUGCUGGAAACUGAUGAGAAUUCGAUUCCUCCUCCAUCAAAACGAGUCUGCCUAUCUUCUUCUAAACGAGCGCGGUCCCAUGCCAACCAGACUUUUCCCAAGUCCAAAAACUUCACUCAACAGAUGGCUAAUUCUCAUGACAUUGGCGCUGUCGUAAAUGGGUACGGUCUAUCGGAGUCGUUGUCGCACCACUCCCACCACCAUAAUCAUCACUCGCACCAUCAGCACCACCACUCGCACCAACGCAACUCCUCGCCCGACGAGAGUUCGAACAGUGAUAAUGCGUCGUCUGGAGCUGCCCCCUCGGUCUGCCCAGCCACAUCUGCUCCCGUGGCGACCCUCUCCAAUCUGGGCAAUACGUGCUUCCUCAACUCGGUGCUCUACACGCUCCGAUUUGCCCCCUCUUUCCUCCACAACCUUCACCACCUGGUUAGCGACUUGGCGGAGAUCGCUGGUCGACACACCUCCACCUCUAUCAAGGCGAAAUCUUCAUCUUUAGGUCGUAGUAUUGGAAGUAAAAGUUGGAGCAAAGACUUGCCUUUGCUCAACAACACCGAUGCCAAAAUUGCAGCUGCAACAGAGCGGCUUCAUGAUCUUUUCGAGUCUCUUCACAAUUCAGAGUUCAAGGAUCAAACAGAGCCAUUCCAGCCGGAAGUCUUUCUCCAGUCUUUGAGGGACGUAAACCCUAUGUUCGAAGGGAACCAGCAGCAUGAUGCUCACGAACUUUUAGUUUGUCUCAUAGACAAUAUUCGAGAGACUUGUCGGACCUUGAUGAAGUAUCAUGAGAUGCAACAGUCAAUGGAGCUGAAAGACAAGGAGGCGGUAGUAAUGAAUUCGCUCCCAGCUGUAACGCAGCACACGCGCGCGUCCAACAACAAGACAUCUUUUCGGCUCAAGAACUCGGCAUCAACGCACAUAAAGAAAACCAUCAAUCGAUUCUCCCGCUCCAAAAACCGCAAUUCCAACACAAAUGGCAAAAGCCUACUAAGCAACUCUUUCAAUGGGAAGAGCGUUUUAACGGAGAAGCAGAACCUACCUGAAGAGCUGAACGUCUCGUUGCCAGUGAUGAACGGUGAUGUGGUAAAGUCAGACCAGGUAGAUGGAAAUGGUGAACUGGACUGUGCGUCGCCGCCUGCAUCGCCAGACACCAACUCGAGCUACAAUUUUAUUGCGGACGACUUCCAAGGUGUCUCUGUCCAGUGCACUGUCUGCUUAGAGUGUGAACAGGUCACCCAGCGGCAAGAAACCUUCUGUGAUAUUUGUGUACCUAUUAUCAAACAUGAUGCAAAAGAUCAAGAGGAGAGAGUGAGUCAGCUGUACCGGGACUCAAUUGUAAUGGAUGAGUUUCUUGUGGAAUCAAACAAGUAUUGGUGCGAGCAGUGUUGUCGUUACAAUGAAGCCAAGCGGUACGUUGAAUAUGAAACUCUGCCCAGGCUCCUUACCCUUCAGCUCAAGCGCUUCUCCUCUUGCAAUUCGGGAGUAGAAAAAGUGAACGAAUACAUGCCAACGCCUUUUACCCUGGAUUGUUUCUGCAAGGACUGCUCCCGAGGGCCGUGCAGUGAUUCGUCCAAGCAGCGACACUAUUACCAAUUAUAUGGAGUUAUUAUGCACCUGGGUGCAACCAUUGCAUCAGGUCACUAUGUUGCAUAUGUGCGAGCCCUUGAUACGGCGGACUGUCACACCCAUGUCAAUUGUCGCCAUGCUCGCAAGACAGCUUCUCUUACAUCUGCACCCGCCCCUCUAUCCCACUCUCACCCGCUCACAACGGAGAAGCAGUCAGGGCUCAUGCGAUUCUUCAAACGCUCCACCCACCAAACGCAAAGUAUGCUCCUGAACGACACUAAAUUGUCUCCAUUCACAUGUCGCAGUUUGGAUUGUUGCGGCAUUCGGGUGCGAAAUGAUUCGACAGUGAAUAGUGUUGCUCAUGAAUCCCUAUGGCUGGAGUGUGACGACGACACAAUUCGGACAUUGUCGGAGAAGGACUUCCGGGAGAUUUUAGAAAUGAAGUCAUCAAAAAAUUUGGCUUCGACCCCUUAUUUGUUGUUCUAUGUUCGCAUGAAUAAUGAUUAAGGCUCAGUUUGCGUUUCGCUACAUUCCACCUAAAUCAAAGGACACUCUGUCGCAAAAAAGAUAGUUUUCAACAAUUUAUACUUGAAAAAAAACUGUGAAUUUAUAUCAGGUCAGGUAUAUUUUACAUACUGAUUUCUCUCAUGGAGAGUCUGAUUUUUGCCAUGUGCUUGAUUGAAUCGUUCAGAGUCAGAGGUUGCUACUGUACCUAUAUAGAUAGUUAAGGACUCAUUCAGGCAAAACUGAAUUAUCUGUAUCAAGAUUUAAAUGGUCAUUUCCAAGUAGUAAGUUCAAAAAUUAGAAAUAUUUUCACAGCCCUUAGAAUAAGAGACAUUGGUUGUAGCAUAAUUUUGUACAGUUGAAAGGACACAUUGAAAUUUUUAUAAUUUCCUUCUGCCCAGCGCUGUUUAUUUCCAUUCAAAGAUUUUUGUUGGCUGGAAAAUUGUAGGCAUUAAAAGUGUCAGCUAAGAAAACGUCUUAUCUCAUGAAUUAAUGCUUUAAAAAAAAGGCACUUGCACGCUGUUCUAAGCUGCUUCGAAACUUUAGGGAAGUCUAAUCUCACCAGACUGCUUGAUGUAUAAAAAACUAUUUUGAAAGAAACGCACACAUUUCAACCGUUCUCCACAUAGUUCCAUUCUGUGAAUUUAUUACUCUUUGAUGAAAGCAGGGCCUCAUCAAUGGAAAAGUUUUGUAGCUGAAAAAUUGAAACUGCUUGAUGCAGAAAUUUGGUUUUUUUUUAGUUCAGGUUGUUCAGUUUAACCAUCAAGUGGUCGUGAGAAGCUUGCUGCACUAAAUCUUAUUCAUCUUCUUCAAUGAGGGGGUUUGCUCCAAUAAUCUUCCUGAUGGACUUGAAAAAAACAUUGGAAUGAAGUCUGUGAAAAUGUCCUAAAAUUCUUCUUCUUCCUUACACAGUUUUUUGUGUUUUGAGGUUUUCUAUCAGUGGAUGGUAUAGGAAUAUUGAUAAACAAUGUCAGUUUAUACUUUUUCUAAAAAUGAUAAAAUAGAAAAAAAACCUAAAAAUUCUGUGGAAAUUUACCUUUUCUUGAUGAGGUAGUCUCUUCCAUACUGUACAAAAUUAUUUGUUCCAUUUUUAGUAUCAUGAUAAAAUGAAAUUGUGUUCUCGUCUCAGCAUAAGCCAAGAGGGCUUUGUUUUCAAUUAAAGCAAAAUUAUUCUUCGUGCCAAGCUCUACUAUUCAAGCCAUUAAAAAUGUGAAUGACGAAGAUGCUAAGAAAUUCCAAGAGCAGAGUAUCGCGUCGAGAGUGAUAUGUGAAUAAAAAAUUAAAUUAUGUAUUCUUGUAAUUUCCCAAGAACGGCUAUGUGCCUCAUUAACAUUUCAUGUAUCUAAUCUUUCUUGUUUAAAUAUUUUACGUUCGAUUUUAGCAAUUGUUGAUGUUUUAGAAGAAUCAAAAUUCGAAAUUUUGUGAUGAGAGAAUCUCAAACGGAAUUUAUAGUCCUUAAAGUUUUUGUUGUGGUUGCCCUCAGUCUCUCGCCAAUAUUCAGGAAUUUGUGCUCUCAUAGUUGUCAGUAGAUUUUCACCUUGCGGCUGUUAUAUUGCAAGCGCCAUUUAUGCAGGCAAUAUGUUGCCACACUUCUCAGACUUUUCAAACGUUUUAUGGAAAAACUAAUGAGCAAAAUCACCAGCAAAUUUUACUUGACAUUUCUUUUGUCAAGUGCAAAAGCUUAAAAAAAAAUUACAAACAAUAUUGAGAUGGUCAGCAACAUAGUGUCUAAGCGUAAAGGGUGCUUGUGAUACUUUGGCCCAAAGAUGGCGAUAUCUUCUUUGAUUUGGAAGCAGAUAAUUGGUUAUUCUGUGACCCAAACGCGUCAUUGUUCCACUCAAUAGCAAUUUUAUGAAUUUAGUUAAUGGUGAGUCAUGAGUUUUUGAAUAGGUUGCAACUGUGACAUUUUUUUCAAACAAAAAUUGUGUGUUUAGCAGUAAUGACACCAAAUACUUUUUCUUCAAGUCAGUGCUGAACCUAUCUUGAGUCGAAGUAGGUUUUAAUUUUAUUCCUUGCAUAGAGGGAAAAGAUCACACAGUCCAGUUGUGAGAGAGAUGACGAUGGAUUAAAGUAAGUGUUUUUGUGCCACCAAAAAAAGUGGAAGUUUGAAGAAAAGAAACGAAGAAGAAAAAGUUUUCUUAGUCAGCUCAGUGAAAAUUGAUUACCUAUUGUUUUUGCUUCCCUUAGUAUCCUCAUAAAUUUUUUUUUUUUUUUUUGGGGGGGGGGAAGGGGAGUUGGGAGGAGAGGGGGCGCCCGAAACAGCCAAAGGUAAAGAAGUUCUAGCAUAAUCAAUUUUCUUAUUCGUUUGACUUAGUGCAAGAGCCCUACGAAAGCAACAGUACCCGUCAAUUACAAAAUUUAGUUAAUUAGUGUUAAACUUUAAGUUUAUACAGCAUGCUAGUCAACAUUUUUAAAAAUCAAACAAUAACUAAGCUAUUUAGGCUCUAACCAAGGAAGUAUUUAUCAUGGUGAAUCCUCAUUCUAUGCAUAUUGUAUUCCGGGUAAGAUCAACAUAUUUCAAAUUAUAACAAUGAGGUGAAGUUUUCUGGAACAUUAAAACUUCAGUCUCUAGAUCAGUAAUUAUAGAUUGUUCAUGCCGAAAAUCCUCUUUCUGAGUCUUAAAAUUCAGUUGAAAAUACUGUUUCUAAUCAACCAUCAUUGUCUACAAAUCAAGAACGGUUGCAAAAUUUACUCAGUACUUUUAAACUUGAAUUUCAAGGUUUUAAAGUUCGUUUCUUCACAUGAACAUUCUUCAGUAAUUGCUCUAUUAAUUGAAAUUUCAGUUUUCUAUUGUAACUUGUAUAGUAGCUAAUAUUUUCAAAACAUCCAAAUGUGGUGAUAUACAAAACUGUAAACUGAGGAUUCACCCUAAGCUUUGCCAAUGAUUUUCCAAUAUAACUAUGCGCAACUAUUAAGUGAAAAAGUUCUCAAAUGUUUGGAUCAAUUUAGGAACCAGUUGUACAUGCCUAAAAUUGUAUUUUUUCAAUCAUUGUCCAACAUCAGUUUCUAAAAUUUUAUAAUGUUUUAAAAUGAGGUGUCUUAAUGUAACCUGUCAAAAAAAAGAAGAAACUUUUCUGGUUUCAUAGUUUUGUGAACAAGAAAGGUUGAAACUAAGCAACAGGUUCAGAUCAUGGAAAAUGAGGCUUUAAAAUGCAUCCCUUUUAGGAGGAAAUCUUCAAAUAUUUCAUAAUUCUGACUGUUGACGAAGGCCACAAAAUGCGAUGUCAGUUUAUGCCUGACGUAACAAUGGCUUUGAUUUGCUCCCAUGCUAACCUCAAGAGUCCUUAAUAUCCAAAAUUUUGUAACGUCAGCUAUAAUUCUCAAAGACCAUGCAAAGGUUAAAGCAACCUUAACCGUAACUUGUUGAGCAACCUUCUUUGUAUUUUACCUGUACAGUUAUUUUGUAAAAAGCAAACUUCUGCUCAUUAAAAAAAAAAAAAAAUUGUUAAAUGCACUAGAAAUAUUUUGUAGGUAGAGUACUCUACGUAUAAGUCCUUGCAACGCUAAUAGUGUUUUUAGCUCUUGUUAACUCUUUCUAGGAAAAAUAAUGGAAGCCUCUGUUGUCAAGUUUGGGGUGUUUCCAUAGGUCGUGUUUUUAUUGUCAAAACAAUGCUCUCAAUUCUAUUCUAAUAGGUCAUUUGAAAAAGUUUCAAUCUCUGUCGGGAGUAGCUACUUUGAACAUGUUGUAUGAAGAAUCUCUAAGUUGUCUAUUCUUUGAUAAAUCUUUCACUUCCCUUUGACACACUUCGUCUGUUUCUCUCAACAUAUGUGAAGUAAAAAAAAAAAAAUUCAGUUACAAGAAAGUCAAUUUUGAUCUUAGCGGGAAUAUCUUUAGCUCAACAAACCACCAGCAUAAAAAUGAUUUUGUAAGGAGUCAAAAAAAAAAAAUCAUAAUCAAGCCUGAAAUUGCAAGUAUUAUGGUUAUUAGGAGCAUGCAAUACAUCUUUUGACUGUAUUUAUUGAAUUUAAGGGGUGUAAAUUAUUAUAUAUCAGUUAGGACGCAACGCCCCUCGACGGCUUCGCGGUCCACCUCCCGGAAGCGUUUCGCGCCUCUGACGUUAUGCAUUACUUUUUACUCUAAUAAUUUUAUAUUAUAAAGUAAGGUAAUGCUUCUGUAAUGUGGUGGUUCCAAAA